CACCAUAUACUCUCCUCCUCUUCACACCAAAAACGUACCAGCGCCCGCCCAAAUCCUCCAUCCCACCACGCACGAUCCUCCCGACCCCGCCUAGCCUCCAGAUCCAUCCGCCCCGCCGCGCGCAUGGCGCACCCACCCGCGGACCACCGCCGCCUCCGCUCGCCCCCGACGUCGCGCGCCGACUGCGACCACCACCGCUUCCUCCGCCCCGGCGCGCUGGCCCGGCUCCGCGACUCCAAGAUCGUCGCCCGCUCCCUCCGCUCCGCCGCGCGGGCUCUCCCGCCCUCCUCGCCCCCGCCCCGCUCCCCCGCGCACUUGUCCCCCGCGGAGGGCGCCGUCCCGCACUUCUACUUCGGCGGGGGCGCUAGCGCUAGGCCCCGGUACCCGCUCCGGAAGAAGCUCGCCGCGGCCAGGGGCGUCGUCUUCCUUCCCCCGCACCCGCCGCCCAUGUCGCCCGGCGCCGCGGAGGCCUUCCUCGGCGCGUUCGCGCUCGCCCCGUCGGAGCUCCUCGCCGCGCACUGACUGAGGGCCUGCCUGCUCACAGUCUUGGACGCGUUCGCGCUGGUCGCCGCGCGCUGGAGACCAAUUGUUGUGUUGUGCCGCGCGGCUGUUGUUUUAGGAUCGGUUAGAUCUGUGCAGAUGCUUCUUAGGAAUUGUAUCUUCUUUUUCAGAUGUAGGAAUUGCAACCUUGUUUUCAGAUGUAGGAAUUGCAAAAAAAAAUUAUCGAAUGUAGCAAUUGCUGCUUUGGAGUAUAAACUAUCUGUGUAGCCUUAUCUUCGAGGGAACUGUGUCUUUAGAGAAUAAAUAAAUGUUUUGUACUACGUACUUGGUUUGAUUCAAAAUUUUCAUCUCUGAUGU